AAUGGAAUACUAUACAUGGUAUCCGAUGAUAGUUUACCCAUUAGAACGUCUCUCCUUUCCUAUAUCCGCGAAUAUGUGGGUCUCCGAGGUACAAAAGCGAUGUGUCACGAGGGUGGAUGCGGUGCCUGUAUCGUAAAUGUAAGAUCCCGAAAUAAAGUAAUAGCCGUGAAUUCCUGUCUUGUACCGGUACUGAUCUGCCAAGGAUGGAAUAUUUUCACGAUUGAAAGUCUAGGUAACCACAAAAAAGGUUAUCAUUCGAUUCAAGCUAUGCUUGCUGAUAAAAAUGGCUCGCAAUGUGGAUAUUGCUCUCCUGGCAUGGUGAUGAAUAUGUACAGUCUCAUGCUUAAGAGCUCGCGUAUAUCUAUGGAACAGAUCGAAAAUUCAUUUGGUGGCAAUAUUUGUCGAUGCACCGGAUAUCGUGCAAUCUUGGAUGCGUUCAAGGGAUUUGCCACCGAUGCAAAAUUUAAUCCUUAUUUUCGAAAUUACGAGUUACACAAGAUUAAACCUUGCCGGAAAUAUGGAAUGCCAUGUGUACGUAGUUGCUACGAUAAGCAACCUUCCGAUGAAAAAAGAAUGUUGAGCGUAAAGUUAAAAGACGGACACUUCUACAGAACUUUCUCAAUCGAAAACCUAUUUCUGAUAUUAAAAGCGAACCCACUCGGCACGUAUACAUUAAAUGGGGGAAAUACUGCGAAUGGAGUUUAUCGUUCGAGUAUAAAAGAUAUGUAUAUUGAUAUAAACUACAUUCAAGAAUUGCGUAACAUUGAAAAAACCGAUAGCACUUUAGUCCUAGGAGGAAGUAUAACUCUUACCGUGGCUCUACAGACAUUCCAAAAAUAUUCAAACGACAUCGGAUUUAAAUAUCUUAGUCAGUUGGCCCAGUAUGUAGAAAUGAUUGCAAACGUUCCCGUGCGAAAUAUUGCCACCAUAGCCGGGAAUUUGAUGCUGAAAUGUCAGCACAAAGAGUUCCCAUCCGAUUUGUUUUUAAUGUUAGAGACUGUCGGUGCUCAAGUACACGUCUUGGAAAGUCCCUCUCAAAAGAAAAAUUUGUAUCUGUGGGAAUUGCUGAAGCUCGAUAUGCACCAUAAAAUUAUUUAUAGCAUUGUGUUACCAUCGAUAGACGAUAACAUGUAUAUAUGCAGAUUUUACAAGAUCAUGUCUAGAGCCCAGAACGCUUACACUCACGUCAAUGCUGGCUUCCUCUUCAAACUCAACAGCGACGGCGAGGUAUUAGAGUUGCCUAAUAUUAUCUUUGGUGGCAUCGGUAAGCAUUUUCUGCACGCAAAAAGAACGGAGAAAGUUUUGGUGGGUAAAUGUAUCAUCAAGCAUCCACUUUCAACGGUGAAGGAAGGCUUGAAUACGUUGCAUAGCGAAAUGUAUCCUAAUCAUGAGCUGCCAGAUUAUUCACCGAAAUUUCGCAAGAUUCUCGCAGAAGGAUUGCUUUAUAGAUUUAUGUUAAGCAUCAAACCUGAGAAUAUAAAUUCUUUUUAUCGUAGUGGCUGCUUUUUAUUAGAACGAGGUCUCUCAUCAGGACAGCAAAACUACUUUACGAAUAAGGAUUUGUGGCCAGUAAAUAAGCCUAUGUCAAAAUUAGAAUCUCUUAAUCAGACAUCAGGCGAAGCCCAAUAUUGCGAUGAUCUGCUUCCAUUUCCUAGAGAAGUAUUUUGCGCUUUUGUCGUCACAACUGUCGGCAAUGGUCAGAUCCGUGAAAUUGAUGCGAGCAAGGCUCUUGAAAAGAAGGGUGUAGUGGCGUUUUUCAGAGCCCAAGACAUACCAGGAAAGAAUCUAUGUAUUUCGUCCGCCAGCAAGUUGAUGUUCUUGCCAGAGGAUGAGUUACUGUUCGCCGAAAAGGAUGUUUUGUAUGCUGGCCAACCGAUCGGCGUAAUUGUCGCGGAUACCCAUGAUGUGGCGAAUGAAGCUGCAAAAUUGGUAGAAAUUACAUAUAGCGAACGUGUGAAAAGUUCGGUGAUAAGUAUUGAGGAUGCUCUUGAUUCGGGUGACGAAACUAGAAUUAGACAGAGCGUGAAUAUUCCAGCACAGAGGAAAGGAAACGAUAUUGAACAUGUGCUAAAAGGCGUCUUUCAAUGCAGUAGCCAAUAUCACUAUACUCUAGAAGCUCAAUCCUGUGUAUGCGUUCCUGUGGAGGGUGGUAUGGAUGUCUAUCCGUCAUCACAAUGGAUGGAUCUCAUUCAAGUAUCGAUCGCGAAUUGUCUUAAUGUUCAGAAUAAUAGCAUUAAUGUGCAUGUCAGACGUCUUGGCGGUUCGUACGGAUCAAAAAUCUCACGCAAUGCACAAAUUUCAUGUGCUUGCGCAUUGGUAUGUCAUACACUGAACCGUCCAGCGCGAUUCAUCAUGACAAUGGAGAGUAAUAUGCAGUCAAUAGGCAAGAGAAGUUCCGCGCGUCAAGAAUAUGAGAUCGUUGUAAACAACAACGGAAUUAUACAGUAUUUCAAAUCAAAUCAAUGGAGUAACUGCGGUUCUAGUUUCAACGAACCACAAGCUGAAUUAGUAGCUUUUUACAUGCAAAAAAGCUGCUAUUUAACCGAUACUUGGAAGUUGAACGGAUUUAACGUGAGGACCGAUUUACCGUCAAACACAUUUUGCCGAGGAUCAGGAUCUACAGAAGCAGUGGCAAUAAUGGAAAAUAUAAUGGAACACAUUGCAAAUGUGACGAAUAUGGAUCCAAUUGAGGUCAGAUUGACAAAUAUGAAUGAUGUGGAUAAAUCCGUAUUAGAAACCAUGAUAAAAGAUUUGUUAAAUUUGACCAAUUACAACUGGAACAAGAAAUCCAUUCAUGAUUUUAAUUUGCACAAUCGCUGGAAGAAAAAGGGAAUUGCCAUGGUACCGAUAAAACACUUGAUAACGUACGAAGAGCAAUUCGAGGCGAUUGUGUCGAUCUGCGCUCGCGAUGGUUCGGUAUGCGUGACGCAUAGCGGAAUUGAGAUCGAUCAAGGUAUAAAUACGAAGAUUGCUCAAAUAACGGCUCGUAUACUGGAUAUUGAUAUCAAAUCAAUUUCCGUUAAACAAAGCAAUAAUUUAGCGGCACCAAAUGUGUCGGCUACAGGGCACAGCAUUACCACAGAAUCCUGUGAAUUCGCAACGGUCGAAGCUUGCACACAGAUUUUAAAAAAGCUCGACCCGAUAAAACAAAAAAUGAAAAAUCCGACGUGGAAGGAUCUCAUUUUUAAAGCGUAUGAAGAAAAUGUUAAUUUAUACGCACGUUACACGUUGAUGACUGGGCCAACGGAAGAUAAGAUAAAGUCUUACGCCGUUUACGGUGUUACUGCUGCCGAAGUCGAGAUCGAUUUGUUGACCGGCCAGCAUAUUAUUAGAAGAGUUGAUAUAAUGAUCGAUGCUGGUCUAAGUGUAAAUCCGGAAAUUGACAUUGGUCAAAUAGAGGGAGCUUUCGUGAUGGGAAUAGGAUACUGGACUUCUGAGGAUCUGGUGUAUCAUCCUUAUACAGGAGAAUUAAUUAAUAACAGAACGUGGAAUUACAAACCACCAGGAGCGAAAGAUAUUCCCGAAGAUUUUCGCGUACACUUAUAUAAAAACUCAGACAACAAAGUCGGUAUCUACGGUUCAAAAGCAAUCGAUGAAGCAUCGCUUUGUAUGAGUUACGUAAUUCCAAUAGCAUUUCGCUACGCAUUGAAUUCCGCUAGAGUAGAGGCAGGGAAGAAGGAAGAGUGGUAUCAAUUAGAUGGACCGUGUACCACCGAACGUAUACUUCUAACUAGUUUAACCAGCAAAGAUAAAAUGUUGGUUUUUUAA